AUGAAGCAUGCAGUAGUUGCGCAGAGGAAUAAUCUGGAUAUCCAAUAUCAUCCUGAGUUUGCUAAGUAUCAACACCGUACUCGCCGUCGAAAGGACACCGAGACCCUUCAGAUGAGGUUGCCGGCGGAAUUUCCGGCCCAGCUGGUUUCCCCACUUGUGUGGGGGAGAAAAGAGAUUGAGAGCUAA